AUGGUUUUCAGUAAGUUUAUGAGCCGAGAACUAAUUUUUGGCAUUUACACGAAGAAGAAGAGAAAGGCUAUCCUUACCAAGGAGCAGGAAGAAAAACAUAGCGCCCUUCAGGAGAUGUUUAAGGCCUAUGUGGCUGAACUGGUGAGUCGGGGGAGGGAAAGGGUAAAUAAUGUAAUAGAAGGGCACCCUAAAACAGCUCAUUCAAAAUUGUGUAUCUCAGCAGUCGCUAGAAAUAUUAGAUAGUUGUCAACUGACAAAAUGUGUAAAAUGUUUCAGUUAAGAAUUCAUUAUUUGAUAGCUGCUUGGUAUCUUUAUUGGCAGCUGAGAUAUUGUGUCAUGAAUAAACGAUACCGGCGUUCCCUUCUAUUACACUAUUUACGGUAGUUGAAACUUCUGAAGACUCUUCCCAAUUUUAGUGCUUCCUCAUCAAGUCGCAACCGUCACCGAUUCUGACUGGUCGUCCAAGUGAGAAACUUCUUCUCUUGACUGACACUGUCACCAAUAUGCUCAACAACAGACAUCGCGUCCGCUCUGACGUUUUCGAGGUGAUUGGGAUGGCACCCAACAAAGGGUAUUAUCUGUUCAUUUUCAGAAUGACCAGAUCGAAUUGGAAAAGAUGAUUGAAGUGUGGAAGAACGUGGCCAGAGAAGAGUACCGGGCUCUCUACGAGUUUCUGCUCUCCGUGAAAGAGGCUCACGCUUACGAUGGAUUCCGUUCCAUGUUUGAUCUUGAAGACGUGGAUAUGGAAGAAGGCUCGUCGAUCUCCGAGCGCCACAGAAAUCGAUUCGCUGAUCGUCGCUACUCUUGGCUCAACGGACCGCCGGGAACUUACUGGCUCUACUCGGGAUUGGAGUAUUAUAACACUUCAAAUAACGUUCGGAGUGGAUUCAAAACUAAAAUUCUGACUCUUUUAGGCCGUGAUUAA